CCCCUUUUUGAAUUUUAUCAAAAAGAAAGGAAUUUAAUCAAGAUGACAGAAGAUAAUAAUGCAUCGUUCCCAGAACCACCACCACCAAGUACACUAACAACUAAUUCAACUACAAGUACUAAUCGUGAAGUUUACGAUGGAGGUCCUAAUGAACGUACUCCUUUAAACCAACAACCAAAACCCAUAAAUAAUUUCCAAGCGACAGGACAAAAUAAUCCACCUGGACGUGAUACACCUAAUUGGACUAAAUGUCCUAAUUGUUCACAGAGUGAUUAUAGUAGGAUUAAAUAUAGUAGUCCUCCUAGUUGCUCUUGUUGGUGUUGUUUGUGUAACUCUAUCUAUUGUUUUAUUCCAAUCUGUACUGGUGGUUCGAAAGAUAUUAUUCAUACUUGUCCUCGUUGUUCUUAUGAAAUUGAAAGAUAUACGAGAUAUGGCGGUAUCUGUUAAAGAUAAUCAGCCGAAAUUAUUUAUUAUUUCUAUAAAUUGAUUUUAUUAUUUUAUGUUAUGUUAUAAAUGAAUUUAUUCAUUUUUAGAAUUUUUGAACAAUAUAAUUUUCACGUUCCUUUAUGUAUAAAAUGCGCCAAAUAGAUCUAUAUUCGUUCAGUUGCAGUUUUAUUUGAAUGAUUCUAAAAUCGGUUAACGUGUCACAUAUAAAAUCUCAAACUUUUCUUUGAUAAAUAAUAAACGUUUUGAAU